AUGGCGUCCACUCUGGCAGCGGAUGUCUCCUUCGACUUCACUUUCUCCUGCCCCCCGGCAACACCUCCCAACUUCAACUUCGACCCCUCUCUUCUCCAGAUCCCCUACAAUGCCAGUCAUGGUCGCUCCAGCUCCCACAGCUCAGUCUACUCCUUCGAGUCUUCUCCCUCUGAGGACUCCAACCCUUCGGCUGUGAGCACUCGCCAAACAACCCCGGCCCGUUCUCCUAUCCGAACUCACGGCCCUCUGCUUCUCCCCAAGAUCCGAAGCCAAGACCAGGAUGUUGCCGCCCCGGCAGUCCCUCCCUCGCGGGUUGCCAAGCGUGCCCGGACGUCCCCCAGCCCGGUCGGCCCGAACAAAGCCCCCUUCCGGCCGUCCCAUCAGCGCAGCAAUACCUCCCCAGCGGCCAUCUCCUACCCGACUGUGCCGGUCUCCCUCCCCUCGGAAAAGAUCCCGGCUUCCCUGCUCUGCUCCCCGGCCAACUUCACCCGGGAACCCUCCGUCAUCGACAUCGACGUCUCCUCUCGCCAGGUCUCCCCCUGCACCAGCUUGGAGAAUGUCACCGUCGAGCCAUACGCUUUUCCGUCUUACCAAGUCGCGGCUUAUGUCCCUCCAGCUAGGACGAGCACCAGCCCGCCUCCUCAACCCCGGCAACCUCAGACGGCUCUCCCUCAACCAGACAACUUCCUCUAUCCCCCCCAACAGCCCCUCCAGUACGCUCCGAGGGCUGCCUCCCCCUCGGCUGCGGCCGCCGCGGCUGCUCCCAUCACCCCGGCAGCGCUGAUGCCCACAACCAACCUCUACGCCCACCUCACAGCCCCCAACCCAGCCCCUUCGCUAGUCCGCACCCUCUCCUUCCCCCUCCGUGACCCCAACACCCGCCACUUCUGGUGGGACAUCCGACAAGUCCGUCCUUGGAACUCCUUCACGGCUUCCACAAUCCUCUCCUUCCCCGGCGCAGCCGCUUGCCUGUCUGUCCCCGUCUCAACCGCGCUGCUGCCUCCUCCGCCGCAGGUAGGACAGCGUCACCCCGAGACGGAGCAGGCUCUGCAUACGAUCUAUGCACAGCACUAUCUGCCGAGGAUAAACGCUGCAUUAGCUGUGUGCAGCACCCGGCCGUUGAGGCUGUCUGUACCGGGGUAUGCGAGAAAGGGGGCCGCGAUGAACCAGACGCUGGGAAUGCAGACGGAUUGUAUGUUUGUUGCCACGCCGGCGGACUCGACGACGGCGGAGUCGGCGGCGAUGUUGUUUGGGGGGAAGCCCACUGCGCGCGUGGUCGGGCUGGUCAAGUCCUUUGACCGCUUCAACACAGGCAUGCGCGUGGAAGGAAACGUGAAGAAGGUGGAGUAUUUGAGGGGGCUGGCGCAUCUGCAUCAUGCGAUGAGGGAGCAUGGGUGUCGGUAUGGGUUCAUCUUGACGGAAAUCGAGCUCGUUGUCGUGAGGAAUAGUGAAGAGCGCGGGGCUCCCUGGUUUGGGUAUCUGGAGGUUGCCAGCGUCCAACUGGCCAAGCACGCCUCCUCAGAAAACGGACAGACCCCAGCAUUACCCGAAGACCCGUCCCAAGUCCCCCUCACAGCCUGUCUCGCCCUCUGGGGGCUACUCCUCCUGGCGGGGGACGAGCCCAUGCCUGAACAGGCGCACUGGAAGGCAGAGAUUGGCGCCCCCGCGGAAGGGACGAGGAGAAAGGUUGCACCAAUGGCGAGAGAUAGCUGGAUGCCGCAGCCACAGUUGGCGGAGAAGAGGGAGGCGAAAAGGAGUAGGGGGUGGGUAUGGCCCGAAGAUCCGAUCAGUAGGAGGGAGAUCGGGAAGAGAGGGGUUAGAAUAUUGGCCAUUGACUUCCAGCAGCCUGGCUAG